AUGAGCAUAACCAACUCCCUUCCUCAGCCACCAGACAACCACCCCAUCCUGCUCCUCACCGCGGCUUUCCAACUUGCUUUUGAGGAGAAUAACAUUGAGGAACAGGAAAACAUAAACCAACUAUACACCCUAACCUUAAAAACCAACUUGGAUUUUUCCUCUUCUGACUGCUCCAACCUCCUUGAAACCCGACAUCCUCAACUCCCGCCCUCAACCAGCAAUCCUCCAACCAAACCAGACCCUUCAACCAAGCCUGAUCCUUUAAAAGAACCAGAUUCUGCAACUGAUCCAGAUCCUUCAACCAAACCAGAUCCUUUGAUCAAGUCUUAUCCUUCAAAAGAACCAGAUUCUGCAACUAAUCCAGAUCCUUCAACCAAACCAGAUCCUUUGACCAAACCCAAUCCUUCAACUAGACCAGAUCCUUCAACCGCACCUGAUCCUCCUACGAUACCAUUUCAACAUCAAAUCUGGAGUUCUUCAACCUCUUGGACUCUCUAUGGGAACAGAAAUACACCUGAAGGAGACUCACAGUCACCUGGAGAGAACAGGGAUCAGUUCCACAGGUGGGCGACAUUGUCCACUUCAAGAUUGAACCCUUAUACUGACUUGAAAUCUCAGCUGCAGGGUUCAAGACCUUCUCUGAAGAAAGAAUGA